AUGGUCGAUGGGGACAUUAGUGCCGAAGAAGGGAAAAUCCCUGAGAAACGCUCGCGUUCUUCGGUACACAGAAUAAGAGACGGUAUAAGUCAUUAUCUGUUUUCCUCUUCAAAAAAGAGACCGGCACAACUGGUCAACCUCGUAGAUCCCGAUAAAGAAAGUAAAACAGAUCAACUGAGAACAUAUUUGGAAGAGCUUGGUCACCCAUUGGAGACGGCUCAAAUAGAGAAAUUACUAGAACAAAACUCGUGGAAUGUAUCCGAGGUUGCUGGGUAUUGUAGAGAUUUGGAGGAGGCCGAGGAAGGAUUGGUUUCGGAUAUACAAAAAACCAUUGUAAUGAUUGGAGCAGAAAAUGACCGGUUAACUAGUUGUUAUAUAGAUAGCCUGUUAUUCGCGAUGUUUGCCCGGACUCAAUCUUUUGAUGGUAUGCUUCUCGUUCAACCAGAAGGUUCAAAUGCACGAGGUUUGCAGACGCAUUUACGGUUAUUUGUCAAUCGACUUCGAACUGGUGAAUACAUGAAUGCAUAUAUGAUCAAGCAACUUCGCGAGAAGCUACUAAUCUGCGGUUGGAUUGGCAAAGAUAGUAACGGAAAUCCAACACAAGAGGACGUCAGCGAGUUAUUCUUAUUUUUAUCAUGCCUUUACAAGCUUCCCUACCUUCCUCUUGGAAUGUACAUAUUUCACGGAGGAAAUAAAGAUCCUAAUGAUGAACGAGUGGUCACUGAACGCUUAAUUCAGAUUGCCAUACCGGGCGAUCCACUUGACGAGAGACCUGUCUCCUUGGAAGAGGCUUUGAUAAAUUACUUUCAUGAUAACGUGGUAUCGGGAAUUAAGCGAUUUUUAACCGACGACACAGAGGCACCUGUUUCCGCUUGGCAAUUUCUGAAGCUUUUGCCUUUCUAUUCCGCGAAUAACGAACAAGACGAAAAGGCAAAUGCCGAGGAAUGCCAUUUCCCUGAAAAAAAUCUUAUGCUACCCCUCGUUUUAAAACGAUACGGAUACGACGAUCAGAUGAAACCAUUUCGGAUAAAGAAGAACGUAUACAUCCCUCCUUUUGUCAAUUUCAGCUCCUUUGUAGAUCAGGAAGCGGCAGACGAUCCACCAUGUCAUUGCGGGAUUGAGAUACAGUAUCGUCUUAAAUUAAGAUCAGUAGUUUGUCACUAUGGUCAAACCCUUACUAGCGGGCAUUAUAAAGGCUACACAUUAGAUGAUGAAGAAGGUUGGUUCAGGAUUGAUGAUUUAGACCUCUCAGAACGCGUAAAGAAGUUUGGUUCUCUAAAAGAUACGACCAUGCUAUUUAACAAUUUUAGUCAGAAUGCGUAUUUACUUUUUUACGAACUACAACGCAUGCAUCCUGGUAUCAUAGAAGAAGAGCUGGCGAUAGAAUAUGAUUAUAACGUCGCUCAAAAUUUGCAAUUUGUAGAAUUCGCGGAUGAUAAAGGUAGUUGCGUCGUGCAAUAA